UCGUCUUCCCCAGCGGGGGCGAAGUGGGGGCGGUCGUGCGUCUUUUCCCCCUCUAGUUCGGGGCGCGUGGCGCAUUGCAUUUGCCCGGCGGCGCCCUCCCUCCCCCCCCCCUCAGCCUAGCGGAGCCGGGCUCGCUCUCCGUCGCGGCUGCAAGCAUGGCGGUGGAAGAAGAGGGGCUCCGGGUGUUUCAGAGCGUCCGGAUCAAAAUAGGGGAAGCUAAGAAUCUUCCUACGUAUCCAGGGCCAAAUAAAAUGCGGGAUUGUUACUGUACAGUAAACUUGGACCAGGAAGAAGUUUUCAGGACCAAAAUAGUGGAGAAAUCACUAUGCCCUUUUUAUGGAGAAGACUUUUACUGUGAAAUUCCACGGAGUUUUCGACAUCUGUCAUUUUACAUUUUCGAUAGAGAUGUUUUCCGCAGGGAUUCAAUCAUUGGAAAAGUAGCAAUUUUGAAGGAAGAUUUGCAGAAAUAUCAUAAUCGAGACACUUGGUUUCAACUGCAACAUGUUGAUGCUGAUUCAGAAGUGCAGGGAAAGGUCCAUCUAGAAUUGAGACUAAGUGAAGUCAUAACAGAUACUGGUGUGAUUUGCCAUAAACUUGCUACACGAGUUCUAGAAUGCCAAGGACUUCCGAUUGUGAAUGGCCAGUGUGAUCCUUACGCAACAGUUACAUUAGCAGGACCAUACAGAUCUGAAGUCAAAAAAACUAAAGUUAAAAAGAAGACAAACAAUCCACAGUUUGAUGAAGUAUUUUAUUUUGAGAUUACUAGGCCAAGCAGCUAUAGCAAGAAAUCUCACUUUGAAAUUGAAGAUGCUGAUGAAGUUGACAAGAUGGAAAUCAGAGUUGAUCUUUGGAAUGCAAGCAACUUGAAGUUUGGAGAUGAAUUUCUGGGAGAGUUGAGGUUGCCACUCAAAUUUCUUCGACAGUCCAGCUGUUAUGAAGCAUGGUAUUUCCUGCAGCCCAGAGUUAAUGGCAACAAAACACUGAAACCUGAUGACCUAGGUUCCUUGCGGUUAAAUGUGGUUUACACAGAAGACCAUGUCUUUCUUCCAGAGCAUUACAACCCCCUUAGAGACCUCUUAUUAAAAUCUGCAGAUGUUGAGCCUGUUUCAUCAUCAACUGCCCACGUACUGGGUGAAGUCUGCAGAGAAAAACAGGAGGCAGCCAUACCUCUGGUUCGACUCUUCCUCCACUAUGGCAAAAUCGUGCCUUUCAUUAGUGCAAUUGCAAAUGCAGAAAUAAAAAGGACUCAAGAUCCAAAUACCAUUUUCAGAGGAAACUCAUUAACUUCCAAGUGCAUUGAUGAAACCAUGAAACUAGCAGGGAAGCAUUAUCUUCAAGUCACACUGAAGCCUAUUAUUGAUGAGAUCUGCCAACUCCAUAAACCUUGUGAAAUUGAUCCAGUAAAGUUGAAAGAUGCUGAAAAUUUGGAAAAUAAUAGGGAAAAUCUUAGGCAGUAUGUAGAUCGAAUUUUCACAGUUAUUACAAAAUCUGGGGUCAGUUGCCCUACAGUGAUGUGUGACAUCUUUUUUUCAUUGAGGGAAUCAGCAGCUAUACGUUUCCAAGACGACCCAGAUGUGAGGUACACAGCAGUAAGCAGCUUUAUUUUUCUGAGAUUCUUUGCUCCUGCAAUUCUUUCUCCAAACCUUUUUCAUCUUACACCGCAUCACCCAGAUCCACAAACUUCAAGAACUUUGACACUGAUCUCUAAAACCAUACAAACAUUGGGCAGUUUAUCAAAGUCUAAGUCUGCUAGUUUCAAGGAAUCAUAUAUGGCUAUAUUUUAUGACUACUUUAAUGAGCAAAAAUAUGCAGAUGCAGUAAAAAAUUUCUUAGAUUUGAUUUCAUCCUCCGGAAGGAGAGAUCACAAAAUUAUAGAACAACCAAUACUACUUAAAGAAGGGUUUAUGAUCAAAAGGGCACAAGGCAGGAAAAGAUUUGGCAUGAAGAACUUCAAGAAGAGGUGGUUUCGGCUCAGCAAUCAUGAAUUUACCUAUCAGAAAAGCAAAGGUGAUCAUCCAUUAUGCAGCAUUCCAAUUGAAAACAUUCUGGCAGUAGAAAAGUUGGAAGAAGAAUCCUUCAAAAUGAAAAAUAUGUUCCAAGUGAUUCAGCCUGAAAGAGUGCUCUAUAUUCAGGCCAAUAAUUGUGUUGAGGCCAAGGACUGGAUUGAUAUCCUCACCAAAGUUAGCCAGUGUAACAAGAAACGGCUCACUGUCUACCAUCCUUCUGCAUAUCUAAAUGGGCACUGGCUGUGCUGCAAAUCUAUAGCAGAUAAUGCUCCUGGUUGUACUCCUUGCACUGGGGGUCUACCAGCAAAUAUACAAUUAGACAUCGAUGGGGAUAGAGAAACAGAACGCAUCUACUCCCUAUUCAAUCUAUAUAUGACCAAACUGGAGAAAAUGCAAGAGGCUUGUGGCAGCAAAUCAGUAUAUGAUGGGCCAGAGCAAGAAGAAUAUUCAACUUUUGUCAUUGAUGAUCCUCAAGAGACCUAUAAGACACUAAAACAGAUUAUAGCAAAUGUUAAAACCUUAGAACAGGAACAUGCCCAGUACAAGAGGGAUAAGUUCAAGAAGACAAAAUACGGAAGCCAGGAACACCCCAUUGGUGACAAGAGCUUCCAAAGUUACAUAAGGCAACAGUCAGAAAUCUCAGCUCAUUCCAUUUGAAGUCUGAAGAAAGUUAUUAGAUGGUGUAGCUGAAGGACUGAAGAAAGAGAAAAGCCACCUGUAGCAAGAUGUACAUAUCAAAUGUCAAGCUUGCGGAGGCUUGCUAAGUGUUUUCUCUCUCUCCAAGAACUAUUACAAUUGUUGCUAUGCACUUUAUUCAUCUGGUGUUAACAGAUGAAGGAACUCUGCCUUCUAGGUGGUUUUCAUCAUAUGUGUUGUUCUGCAUUUUUAAAAGUGUUGCUCUGGUUUCUUGGAAUCUAGCGAUCAGUUCAAUGAUCAAAGCCUGUGGACUUCAUAUUGACAACUUCCACACUCCUUUUACAUGGCUGAGAGCCUUUUUCUAGAUUUCUAAUUUUUGAUGGCUGAUUAGGGGCUACUUUGCAUUAUGCCACAGAGCAAUUAGGAAAAGCUUUGCAGCAUUUGCUUUUUAAUGAAGCGAAGCCCAGUUGGUUAUAGAUGUAAUCUCUCCUCACUGGAGCUUGCCUUGACCCUAAGAAGACUGAACAACAGGGUAUUUUGUUAGCAUUAGCAUGAUAUUAUUGGUUUAAGAAGAACUGGCUUCUAAAAAGAAAGUCUACUAUUUAAUGGUACUCCCUGGAAUUUUUUGAUACAAAAUUGUUUCCACUAAAGCAAUCAAUUUCUAUUUUUUUUCCUAUAAACUUAAAAUGUUAUAAACCUGAAUAAAUACAUAUUCAAACAACUUAAGUAUGUAUAAUACAAGAAUGCUCAUAGAGUAGUUGCAAAAACAAUGGUUUGAUUAUCAGAAUUAACGAUUUUCUACUAUUUAAGGGCCAUUUCAAAUGCAAUACAUUUCUUACAUCUGUAAUAUUCCCAUGUAAGAAAUAAAAUCAACUGUAAGCAAUUUCUCAGUGAGUGAAGUGAGCACACACUUUUUUUUUUUGAUGAUAUUUACAGAUGAAAUUAGAGAUAAAAAUUAAUCAAUGAAAAGUUGACUUAAUAAGUAGUACUGUAGGUGACCUCACUAGGUUCUUCCUCAGGGAAUUUGGAAAGCAAAGAAUGGCUAUAGUCUCGGACACAAAAACCUAUUUCUUCUCUAGCAAGGUUGACUGCAACAUACUAAAACAUUUCAGCAAGGACUAGAGACAAAGAUUUUUUUACGAGAUGGUUUGCACAACCUACACAGAAGUAUUAUCGAUGUAGGAAAACAUUCCAUAUGAAACAGACAAGACGGCCGAGCUAUAAUGUAAUAUUAACUCUUCAUGCUCCCUUAAAGUUGCAAGAUAAGGUGUUAGCAGCAAGAUAUCAGUAAAGAGAUCUUAACAGAAAGUUAUGGAAGCUUUAUACUGAAUGUUGCAUGAGGCCGAAGUUCCUGUUCUCCUCGCACUACCUGAUUGUUAUGUAUAAGCAUUUAAACAAGAACUAUUUCAAGAGCUGUGAGAUAAUGCAUCUUCAAUAAUGAAAGAUAUGUUAAGUUUGGGUUGUUUUCAUCACAUUAACAUACAGUUGUUCUUUGUUAAUAUGUUAUGAGUAGAUGCAGAGCAUAAAUUUUUUUAAAAAAAAUCAAGAUGACAACCACACAAUCACAAUCUUGACCUUUUAACAUCCCCUCUCCACAGAUUCCCCUGAAUAGGUGAAAUGGAAUGUGUGGUGUACCUCAUGAAUGCAAAUAAAUAUUGUUGGGGGGGGGUUGGUGUGGGUGGGUGUAUGUGCGCUAUAAAAUUAUAAAAUGGUUUGGACCCAGAUCAAGUUAGUUGCACUUUAAGCCACAUUGAUAGCUAGAUAGUCAUUUAUUAUGACCAUCAUAAUCCUUGUAUAUUUCAGUUAACCUAGAUAUGCCUAACUUUCUGGAUCCAACCCAAUAUAGCUGAUUGGUUAUGUCAUAUUUCUAAAAGUCUGAUUCACUGCAGGUUGGGCUUUGACAAAAGUCAAAGUAAAGCAACGUAUGUUACAGGCUAAAUGAGACUACUCUUGGACCACAAUAAAUGAACAUUCAACUUGAUGCAAAGCUUCUUUAGAUUCUAAUAUUAAAAGUGAUGUCUGCAAAACUAGCCCCAUAUAGUCAAAUCCAUACAAAGAAGAGAAUGACAAAUCUUUUAUGCAGCUUCUAUUUUUAAGGGUUCUUGUUCUUAGCAUUAGGCUACAUUAGGAAACUACAAGGUGAGAAUUUAUAUCCUAUCAAUUGCCAACAGAAGUGCUAGGGAAAAAACGGCACCAUGUGCUCUGAACUGCCAUUUGAAACUGCCAGUUUGUUUGUUUUUUAAAAAAUGUAUUUGUAACUUAAUAGUCUUUUGACAAAAUACUAAUGACCUGCAAUUUGUGUUCUAUUUGCCAAUUAAAAAGUGUUUUAUUUCUGAAAA